AUGGCAGAAAGAAGGAAGAAUAAGGGAAUAGCGCUCUCUGAAGAAAAAUUUCAGUUCAUCUUCAGAACUGAACAUGAUUUGCUUGAUGUUCUGGAGAAAGGAGUUCAAACCUUUAAUGAGUGGCCUAUGGUACUAGAGAGAUGGAUGGAGAACCCACCUGAUGACUAUCUUCAAUAUAUACCGCUAUGGGUUCAGAUAAGCAAGAUUCCGGUCAACUACUACACCCAUUCGGCUUUGAUGUCUCUUGGAGGAAUGCUAGGAGAAGUGAAGGUGGUGGCCUUUGAUCCGUCGAAGCCAAUAACUCAACCUUUCAUCAGAGUUCAAAAAAGGUGCUUCACCUGCAAGAGGCUUAACCAUGAGAAGAGUAUAUGCUCAUGGGAGGUGAAGAAAAGACAAGAGAUGGCUCAAAUGAGAAGAGAAAAUAUUAUCACUGAGAAAAGCAAAUUAGUUUCGGUGCUUAAACAGAGUGACCCUCUGUUUGGAGUACUAAAAGAGGAGCAAGUGGCGAUCAAUCCUCUGACAGGGAGACCAAAAAUUGCUAAUGAAGUUCUAGAGGAAAUGAGAAGGUUCCUUAUGGCCGACACAGGUGAAGCAUUGGCAAUCAAAAUUGAUAAGGUGAAGAAAUCUGUUAAAGAAGCUGAGAGGGACCCAAUAGUACAAAGGACGGUCUUAAGACUGGAAGCAGCGCCGAUCACUACAACAGAGCUCAACAAAAUCAAAGGUCCAGUAUUCGACUAUGGUGAGAAGGAAAUGGAAAGAUGCGACUGA